AUGAUUAUUAUAUCCAAUAAGUUGUCUAUUAUUUCUAUAAUAUUACUAUUCUUCAUUUGUGGUCUUCUUGUAUUAGGUGACAAAGAACAUCGUGAACAUGGUAGUUAUGCAGAAUCAAAAUUAAAAGAUCCCAAACACAGUGAACAUGCAGAUCAUGAAGCUGUUUUAGGUUCUAAAAAAGAAGCACAAGAAUUUGAUGAGUUAUCAGAAGAAGAAUCUAAAAAAAGAUUGGCUGUUCUUGCUAAGAGGAUGGAUAUUAAUAGUGAUGGUAAAGUAACUGUUGAAGAGUUAACAGAAUGGAUUCAUAAAUCAAUGAUUAGACUUGAUAAUACCGAAGCUGAAGAAAGAUUUAAAGAAAUAGAUGCAAAUAAAGAUAAUUUUAUUACAUGGCAGGAGUAUGCUCAUGAAGCAUUUGGUACCGAAACAUCAGCUAAUGGAGAAGCAAUUGUUGAUCCUGAUGACAAAAAAUUAUUUGAAGAGGAUAAAAAUUAUUUCAAUGCUGCUGAUGUAAAUAAAGAUGGAAAAAUUACUUUGACUGAAUUUUAUGCCUUCCAAGCACCAGAACAUCAUAAACAUAUGCAUGGUGUCCUUAUUCAGCAUACAUUAAUUGAUAAAGAUAAAAAUAAUGAUGGAAAGAUUAGUUUCGAAGAGUACAUGCAUGAAACACAAGGAUCUAGUGACAGUGAAUGGUAUCAAGUAGAAAAAGAUCGUUUUGAAAAAGAAUAUGACAAAAAUAAAGAUGGUUUGUUGGAUGAAGAAGAAAUUAAGAAAUGGCUUAUUCCUGAUCUCAAAGAAACAGCUAAGACAGAAGCAGAUCAUCUUAUGGAUAAAGCUGAUAUGGAUAAAAAUCUUGAGUUAACCUACAGUGAAAUUGUUGGUGCUCAUCAAACAUUUGUUGGUAGUGAAGCAACUAAUUAUGGUGAAAUUCUCAAAGAAAUUCGUCAUGAAGAAUUGUAA